GUGAUACGGUUGUUAGUGUUGAUUUGAACAACCGGAAGUAUUGUGGGAUUGAUCGCGAAAACACCCACUGUUUGAUUUUUCCACCGAUAAUGUGACAUUUGCAUAACAGCUGAGCAGAGACAGCAAGAUGAUUGGGGGACUGUUUAUAUACAACCACAAAGGGGAGGUCCUCAUCUCCCGCGUUUAUAGGGACGACAUCGGGAGAAAUGCAGUGGACGCUUUCAGAGUGAACGUUAUUCAUGCUCGACAGCAAGUCAGGUCCCCAGUGACCAACAUUGCCAGAACCAGCUUCUUUCAUAUAAAAAGGUCGAAUAUCUGGCUGGCCGCGGUCACCAAGCAGAAUGUCAACGCUGCCAUGGUGUUUGAGUUCCUACACAAGAUGACCGACGUGAUGGCCGCAUACUUUGGCAAGGUCACUGAGGAGAACAUCAAAAACAACUUUGUGCUCAUCUAUGAGAUACUGGAUGAAAUCCUCGACUUUGGGUACCCACAGAACACAGACACUGGCAUUUUGAAAACAUUUAUCACACAGCAAGGUGUAAAAUCCCAGUCGAAAGAAGAGACCAGUCAAAUCACGUCGCAAGUAACAGGCCAGAUAGGCUGGCGUCGCGAAGGCAUCAAGUAUCGUCGCAAUGAACUCUUCCUAGACGUGCUGGAAUCGGUAAACCUGCUGAUGUCGCCUCAGGGUCAGGUACUCUCUGCGCACGUAGCUGGCCGCAUCGUGAUGAAGUCGUACCUUUCAGGGAUGCCUGAGUGCAAGUUCGGGAUCAAUGACAAGGUUCUGAUGGAGAGCAAGGGAGGCAAAUCAGGCCAGGAUGAUACUCGCGGAGGAGGGUAUGUCAAGAACACUUCAGGCCUUUACUCCAAACCAUCCUCGUCCACUAAGACGUCCAUCGCCAUUGACGACUGCCAGUUCCACCAGUGCGUUAAGUUGAGCAAGUUUGAGACCGAGCACAGUAUCAGCUUCAUACCACCGGACGGAGAGUUUGAACUCAUGAGGUACCGUACCACCAAGGACAUCUCCCUGCCAUUCCGUACCAUACCGCUGGUGCGAGAGGUUGGCAGACAGAAGAUGGAGGUCAAGGUCGUUGUCAAGUCCAACUUCAAACCCUCCUUGUUGGCACAGAAAGUGGAGGUACGUAUCCCGACUCCCCUCAACACGAGCGGUGUGCAGGUGAUCUGUAUGAAGGGCAAGGCCAAGUACAAGGCCAGCGAGAACGCCAUUGUCUGGAAAAUUAAGCGUAUGGGUGGGAUGAAAGAAUGCCAGCUGAGUGCGGAGAUAGAACUGCUAAACACGAACGACAAACGCAAGUGGACCAGGCCCCCCAUCUCCAUGAACUUUGAGGUGCCGUUUGCGCCCUCCGGGUUCAAAGUUCGCUACCUGAAAGUGUUUGAGCCCAAACUGAACUACAGUGAUCACGACGUGAUAAAAUGGGUGAGGUACAUCGGGCGCAGUGGACUGUAUGAGACCAGGUGUUAACAUCACAGGCACAGAUAGGUGGAAACAGUAAAUUGUUAAAUCAAUCUGAUCAAGAAAAUUGAAGACCAACGUUCAAGUAUCAACAUUCAAAUUCAUAAGGAAAAUUACUGAGUUAAUUAUGUUAAGUCAUUCUUUAUAUGCCAUGACAAUGAAAGAUGAAGUUUUUUUCAUGGACAUUUCCUAUAUAAUGACUGGCCCAAUAUCCCUGAUCUUGCAAUUUUUUUUAUUGAUUUUUUGUGUUUAAAAGCCGGAACUCCCUCAAAUCAAUUGUCAGUAUUGGCUCUCUUAGGUAAGAGCAAGAAAAAAGUCCUCCAAAACAAAAUUUCCCUCCAAUGAUAGCAUUUGUGAGCUCCAGGAGAGAAUAAAUUGAAUUUUACCUGAUUUUUUUUGUAAAAAUAAUGGAAAGAACAAGUAAGGCAAAGGGCAAAUAAUUGCAUGUCCUGAAAGUAUUAUGUGAGAUUUUUAGGGUUUAUAUGUAAAUUGUAGUGAAGGCUGGAAAGUUUUUGUCACAAUUUUUGUAGAUGUACGAAUUAUGUAUUUAUUUUUUGAUCAUCAAAUAAGUCUAUUUGUAGAGGUGAUUAUUAUCAAAUAUAGAUGGAUAUCAAUAAACUUAAUGUUAGUUGCUAAGAAAAUAAUGUCAAAUAUUUAACUUGUUAGUUCCAAGUUGUUAUCUUAAACAAAGAUUUUUGUUGAGAUUUUGUCUGCCAGUAAAAUCCAACAUGCAAUGAGAUGAACACUACAAAAAGAGUGAACACUGCAACACAUAAAGACAGAUCAAAUACAGGGCUGUAUUUUCAAAUAAAUGUACUUGAUUUAUGUUUAAUAAUCAGGCACAACUAUAUGUUUCAAAUUCCUUUUGGUUUCACUGAUUUUCUUCAUGUUUUUUUACAGGAUUCUUUGGUAACAAGUUUAUUACUGGAAACUCUGUGGCAUUUUGUUAUUUUAAAAGUACAAAUUUCAUUAUAACUCUGAUGAACAGCAGUUUAUAAGAUUUGAACAUGAGAAAUAUAUAAAGCCAAUUGUCUAUGUUUGUAUCAACAUGAAGUUGUUCUAUGUUGUUUAUCCCUUUCAGUGCGGGAACCGAAUUUUGAAGGCCUUUGCACACAGUUUAGAUCCAGAUGAGAAGCCACAGAACGUGGCGUCUCAUCUGGAUCCAAACUGUUUGCUAUUCUGAUAGUAUUCUUUGAAAAAAAAUCGAUGAAAAUGCUAAUUUUAGAAAUUCAGCAGACGACAUUUUAGCAGACGACAAAUUUCCCAGCAUGCAAAGGGUUAUAGUCAUUUGAAGAUAAGUAUAGUGUUCCCCUAUUUUAUGAACAUUGUACCAAAGUUUGUGCAUUUGUUAACCAGGUUUUCCGAAGGAAAAAACUGGUUAUUAGAUUGGCGAAUGCGGGCGGGCUGGCUGGCUGGCGGGCUGGCUGGCGGGCUGGCGGAAUAAGCUUGUCCGGGCCAUAACUAUGUCGUUCAUUGUCAGAUUUUAAAAUCAUUUGGCACAUUUGUUCACAAUCAUUGGACGGUGUGUCGCGCGAAAUAAUUACGUCGAUAUCUCCAAGGUCAAGGUCACACUUUGAGUUCAAAGGUCAAAAAUGGCCAUAAAUGAGCUUGUCCGAGCCAUAACUAUGUCGUUCAUCGUCAGAUUUUAAAAUCAUUUGGCACAUUUGUUCACCAUCAUUGGACGGUGUGUCGCGCGAAAUAAUUACGUCGAUAUCUCCAAGGUCAAGGUCACACUUUGAGUUCAAAGGUCAAAAAUGGCCAUAAAUGAGCUUGUCCUGGCCAUAACUAUGUCAUUCAUUGUGAGAUUUUAAAAUCAUUUGGCACAUUUGUUCACCAUCAUGGGACGGUGUGUCCCACGAAAGAAUCACGUCAAUAUCUCCAAUGUCAAGGUCGCCACGACUAAAAAUAGAAUUAAAAAAAAAAAAAAACUUACAAAGGGGGUUAAUUUUUUUCGGUCAUUUCAAAAGUUCAGUUUGAGUUUUCUCCCUUUAUCAGAUUUUUUUUUCACAAUGAAAACCUGGUUUUGUGACAAUUUUGUCCCUUGUUUGUGAUGUAAUUGUACAUUAUUUCAUUCCUUGAGUGUCACAGCAGUGGACUAUUAGUAUCCAAAUGUUGAAGAACACAUAAAUAUAUCAAUUAAAAAUAUUUCUUGAUAGAAAUUGCAUUUAAUUUUUGUGAAGCAAUUCCCAGUACCGGUACAUGUUUCUUGUAUCAACGGCCGUUUAAAAAAAAACCCACAGUAUUAAGGUUUUAUGCUUAGAAAUAAUCGUUACAAAGUGCUAGUCAUUGUUAAUUGAUGGCAAUGUGUAUUUUGUAAAGCUUAAAGUAAGAUUAGUUCGAAAAUUCUCAUAAAACAUAGUGUACAAUUAUUUUUUGUAGUGUUAUAUUCAAUAACAUUUCGUGUUAUACUCAAAUUCAUAUACCUGUUGCAAUAAUUAUAAAAACCAGCUAUUGGUUCACUUAUUUGUGUUAAUAUUUGUCUUGAACCACGUUGGUAUAUGUGUUGUUGAUUGUUAGCAGGAGUGAAAUUACGUUUGUAUGAGAUUUUAGCUGUUGGAGACACCUGUAACUCCAUGUUUAUAUGAAAUCGAGUUCCAAUUAGUGAGGCUUCAUAAAACCUGUCUCUAUUCAUGUGUAAUAUUUUUAACAGAAUGGAUACAGUUAAACUCUGUAUGUAAGGUGAUUUAUAAAUAGUACAGUCCACAUAACACUGAAUUAUUGUAGUCAGCAAAAAACAGUUUAAAUCAUUGAAAAGUCAACUCUGCAUUUUGCUUGUUUCAUUUGUAGGGGUUAAUGUGUAGGUUAUUUGUCUAAUAGCAUUUAGGCUCAUUUUCCAAAUUGUGUCACUAUGUUGUGGUUAAAGCAAAUGAAUGUGACAUUAUUAUCAUUAUUAUUUUAAAUAUUAUUAGAAUAUACAUGUAUGUACAACAA